CUUUUGGCUUUUAUUAUCGCCCCAUUAGCCUUGCAUUGCAAUUUGUUUUCUACAUCGAGAGGGCUCUUCCAAACCUUCAGCUGGGCACCCUCGACGUUCAUUCGGACAACGAGCAGAAUCAUGGAUCCUGAGGAGUUAGAAGCGGUAAUUCAAGAGAUGAAUUGUACGGAGACGAACGUGCGAUAUUUCGACAGUCGAAGCGGAGAAACGAGCGAUGUGAUCCUGGGUGAGAUAGAGUUUCGACGAAGGCUAUCCGCCAUUAAGGAUCUGAUUGACGGAGUAAUGCUCAACCCGGCGCAAGGCAGCCCGCCACCGGGCAGUGAUGCACCUUUUCUUUUCAUAACUUCGGCCGGGCAGGAAGACGAGCAAGGGAGACCCCUCAGUCUUUCGAAAGACUUGCUGCGCUCUUUGCUUUCUAUCGGUGCAAUUCCGGCCUAUGCAUUCUACGCGCGCGACGGGCUGCCGCAUUUUUCAUACCACAUACAAUACUCAAUGGACGACACCACGCCUAUAGCCAUGUACAUAGUCCUUUUUGCCCCCAUCGGCGGAGACUCAUUCACCCUGACCUUCCGCAUCGGUCUCCACAAUCGCGCCUGUAUAGCCUUCCUCUUCUGCACACGCAGAACCACCUUAUCUUCAAUAGAAUCUCGAACGACCAGACAGUCCUCACUAGUGCAAACGCAUCCCUUCCAUCUGCUCAGCUUUGUUGUGGAGGAACUGAUUCGGGAGUACUACAGGAUUUUGCGGCGGUGCAACAUCGCGGUUCAAGGGUUUGAAAGGGGAACGGGAAUGGUGCCUUGGCCUUACGUCAAAGAAGAACAGGUCACAGUGGGAGGCAGGAAUUGGUUCCCGAUGCUUUUGCAUAAGUUGCAGGCGCAGGGUGUGAGAUUCUCCAUUGCGGAGACGCAUAUCAGGUUCGCGAGCACGCUGCUCUCUCAAGUCACCGACCUUAUAGAGAUUUUCGAGAAUCUUUGCGCGGAAUGUGGAUCAGGAAAUACGAAACGUGGUGACCGAGCACGACUGACCGACCAGAUUCGGUACAAUGCAAUGACGGUACGGUCUAUCGUGGAUAAAAUGGCAGAAUUACAGAAGAGGCUGCAGUCGCAGAUCAGCGUGACAUACUCCCUCAUAGCACAGCACGAUAGCGAACAGAACAUAACUAUGGCCGAAGGCUCUCAGUUCAUUGCCAGACUUACCGCUCAGGAUUCUCGGACAAUGAAAACCAUCACCGUUCUCACCCUCGUCUUUCUACCGUCUACGAUGCUGGCCAGUCUGUGGGAUUCAGGCAUUUUUACGCUGGAGCCACAGAUGAGCUGGCGAGUAUACGUUGGGGCGGCUGUUGCGCUUACGGCCGCAGUGUUUGGGGCUUGGUUCUUGUACGUUUGGAUGAGUACGAGGAGGGCGAGGGCGAAGAUGAUGGCUGGUCGUGGUUCCGGUGCGAGUACGGUGGUGGAUGAAGAGAGAGGCAAGGUUACGUGAAUUUGAAUCUCGUUUCUGAGGGGUGAUGGAAGGGGACGUCGAGGUGGUACGCUCGGCUCGGAUCUUCAACGUGGGGAUCACUUGGUCCAGCCUGAAGUAUUUCAUAGUAUCACGCAUCUACAUUCACGACACCAGGUGCAGCAAUACCAAAAUAUC